ACUAGGAAGCGCGACGUUUUCCUGCGCUUUGAACUUUUCCCGCCUUGGCGACCGUCCGCGACAGUACUGUACUUUCUGCUCUUCCUCUCCACAGAGUGCACACGUGGCGCUACAUGUGCGAUCACACACAUCAAACUAAGAGUGUUUAUUCUGUUUGUCCAUAACGAGAGUGAAUCAGUGUAGAGUCAGUAUGCGAGAGUGAAACAAACGAAUCCUACCAUGGCGGACGACAAGGAUAGUAGCGAGGAGUCGGAUGAGAGUUUAGAUGCGAGAAGCGAUAAGUUCGACCCACUGAAAGCGUUGUACUCGUCAAAAGGACGAUUAUCAUCUCACAACGUGCCCAUCUACGACAACAUCAGCAAAUUCGAGUCUGUUCUGAAGGGAUCCGCCGCACUGAUAAGAACAGAGAGCAAGUCGGCCGUCGCGGGACCAUCCUCGAGGCAGCGAUUUUUACCUCAUCAAGAACCCGUGGCCAGCAGAAGACGCGGCGAGCGAAGCCUGGGGCAGAAGAAUGUUCUCUCGAAAAUGCAAAGGACCCUCGGCCCGUUAGGAAUGCUCUACGGUUGCAUGGAGAACAAGAACCGGGUUAGGGUCUACACCAGGAACGCGCGCGACAUAAGGGGACAUGUGGAGGCAUUCGUGGCCGCCUUCGACAAGCAUUGGAACCUCGCGUUGGAAGACUGCUACGAGGUCUGGAGUCGCAAAGUCAAGAGGAAAGCGCCCGCCCUCGGUGCUGACGCGAUCAAGGUGGAGACGGCACAGAGCGACGUCCCUAAGGCGGUGGUGAAAAAGAUCGAGGGAAAGAUGGAGACCUUGGAGAGACACGUGCCGCAGAUGCUACUAAGGGGGGAACAGGUCGCUAUAAUCGUCAAAAUCAAUUGAUUGCGCGCGGUUUACGCGUGCUAUCGCCUUAAGGGCCGUUCACAACAUGCUGCAAUUCGCGCUUAUACAGUCGUCAGUUCUCUCGUCGUUAAUUCUCUAAUACCUUCUUGUUGUGCAUUUUUUCCACGGAGUUUUACUUCUCACACACAUUCGCACGUGAGAUCUUCCGAGACUGUAUAGCGAAAUUCGAUUCGUCGUGACGCAUCCUGUGUAUAAUCAUUCCGAAAUUGUAUAUGAAAACAUAUAGCUCGAGCGUCGUCACCUGAUUACGCGAUUGCAUCGUCGCGAUUGCAUCGUCGCGAUUUACAUAACCAGAAUUUUCGGCAGAACACGACUAGUUCUAUUAUUAUUUUUCACAACGCGAUAUUUUUGUAUAAUAAAUAUUUUGAAUGAAA